CUGUGAAAUCUCAGCGGCUGGCUCUGCAGGAAGCCCCGAGGGGCGGGUAGGGGCGCACUAGCUCGGCCCCUGAUGGCAUGGGAGAGGUGGCUGGCCGGAAGCCGGGACAGCUCAGAGAAGCUGUGUUCCCAUGCACUCCAUGCAGCCGGAUCUCACCCACUGCAGCCCCUCCAGCCACCCCCUCAAGGCAUGGCCAUACUUGGGCCCCUGUCCUGGGCCCCCUGGCUCACAAGGCGUAGUGCCCACAGCAGCCUGCCCACCAGGCCCUGUCCAGGCCCCCAGGUUGUGAGGGUCAGAGGUGAGGGUGAGAUUUUGGAAUGGCUUCCCAAGGCUCUGCCUGAGCCCAGGGCUGGAGGCCACAUCCCACAGGGCCUGCCAGGCCUUCUCCUCCCCUUGCUCUGGGGCAUCCGGCCCCCUCCCUGGGAAGGAUGGGCGGGGUCUGGUGGGGGCCACUGGGCCAGGGCAACCCGAUCGGAGCCUAUCACGGUGGGGUCUGUCCCAGGCGGGCAGGCCAGCGCCCCAGGGAGCAACCCGAUCGGAGCCUAUCACGGUGGGGUCUGUCCCAGGCGGGCAGGCCAGCGCCCCAGGGCAUCUCAGGGGCAUAAAGGCACAGUGGGAGAGGCCACCACAACCCUCCUGUGCUGCUCCGGAGCCCUGCGCCGUCAGCAAGAGCCGCCUUCCAGGAUGCUGCAGACGCUGCUGAUCAGUGGGACCCUCGCCCUACUCGCUGCAGCCCCAGGCCAGGCCCAGGUCCCCAUCCAGGCUGACUUCGAUGCCAGCCAGGUGCACACGGACGUGCCCGGGCUGGCAGCCUCUGUCUGAUUGCGUUCUACCAGACAGGCCAGAGGGCUGAGGGAACCCAGCCCAGCCCCUACUCUGGUUCAAGCUCAGCUCAAGGGGACCAAGCCCGCAUCCGCCUGUCUGGCUGACUUGGGGCGGGGGGUGCAGAGGACAGUAGGCCUCUCAGGCCCAAGUCUGACUUCUGUCCCCACCACUCGCUGGGCCACCAGCCAGAUGAGAGCAGCUGCCCCCCAGGUUCGGGUCAGGUUUGACGUGGCAGCCGGGGCUGCCCCCAGCUCGUCCUGUCCCCCUGCAGUUCCAGGGCCCCUGGUACGUGGUUGGGGCGGUGUCGGACGACCAGGGCUUCCUGGACGCUAAGGACAACAUGAAGAUGCCCGUGGUCUUGGUGACCUCCUUGGCUAACGGCAACUUGGGCAUCAAGUUUGGGUUCCCCACGCCCGAUGGCGGGUGCCAGGAGACGGACAGCACCUUCACCAGGGGGGCCGUGGACGGGCAGUUCAGCAACGCGGCUAUGGCCCAGACCGACAUCAGGGUGGCCUUCACUGACUACAAGCACUUUGCUGUCAUGUACUUCGAGACGCAGAAGGGGGCUGUAAGGAACACCUGGCUGCAGCUCUACGCCCGGGCCCCAGAGCUGUUUCCUGAAGGCGCCCAGAGGAUGCGGGAGCUGGCACCCAAAGUGGGCCUGAACCCCAGCCAGGGCGUCCUGCUGCCCAAGUCAGACCAGUGCGCGGAGGUCCUGGCCUAGGUGAUCGGGGAGCACAGCUGCCCAGCGCCCCGCAGCCCCGGGAGGCCCCGCCCACCCUGGGCAGGGCGGAGCGGGAGGGGCGCGAGCUCCACCCCAGCGGGGCCGCAGCGCAGGAGCUGGAGCCCGGCGGUGAUGGCGGCGCCCGCGGCCCAGUCCUCGAGGAGCAGCUGCCUCUCUACCCCACCCCCAGCACAAUAAAGAGUCUCCACAAGCCGCUGCCGCGCCUUUCGUGGACGUAGGGGCAGAGGGGCCGGGUGGGCCGCGGCGGGGGCGCCCCGCGAGA